AUGAGAUUCCUCAAUGUGGGGCGUGCGAAGCCCCAUCAGCGCUCCAUGACAUUGCUUCUAUUUCUCCUGAUCGUUGUGUUGGCUCAACUGGCCUCUGCCCAGCGGGAUCCCAACACCAACGAUGCUGCAACUACUGCGCAAACGACCGAGGGAACGAAGACCACAGACCCAGCGACUACAGACACGGGAAAGACAACCGAUUCGACAUCGACGACCGACGCCACAACCACAAAAGCUUCGACGAGUAGUGAAACCUCAACUACGGAAGCCUCUACAACUACUGAUGCAGCGACGACGUCGACAGUCUCUACCACCGACUCAGCAGGCUCGACUGCAACGUCUGCAUCCUCUACAGACGGUUUCCCUGUGGUGACCGUGCCACCGACAGCGGAUGCGCCGUACAUGCAAAAAUCGAACACGCCCGAAGGAACGGUGUUUAUUGCUGUAGGUGCAGCUCUAGGCUUUAUUGGGCUGGCAGUGCUGGCAUGGCGUGGGCUCGUCGCAUGGUCGGUCAACCGAUCUGUCCGCCGCGCCGCGUUGAUGCACGCCUCGGAAAAGAAAGGACUCCUUCGUUCCAAGAGAAAGAGGUCAUCAAGGCAUUCCCGCGCUGUACCUGCGAGCAUGUCACUCGAAAAGCUUUCCCCACACCACCGCAACAGCUACAACCCAAGAGCACCUAAUAUCCCCAGUACUGGUAGCGGUCUCUUUUUCUCUCCUACCGCAGGCGCCGGAAUGCAUACAAGCGGAAACAGAGGAUCCAGCUACCUUCCGGCGGGCUAUUAUGCUGCAGGAAACGCUGCGCCCACGGGGAGUCAGAAUAUCCCAUACUCAACGCCAGAAAUGCGACCCCACUCGCAGGGCUAUAUUCGCACCAAAUCUAAUCCGAGCCCCCCUAGGUCGCCGGGUCUGUCGCCUAGCGGCUUCCAUGACACUCACUACGAUCCUUCCACCAGGCAUUCGUAUGUUGCAGGCUCCACCAGCUCGUUGAAUCUUGCCUCUCCGACACAUGGAAGAACCCCCAGUGCGUUCCUAGAGGAUCUUUUCGAAAGUCAUGCCCCUCAAUCGGACAACGGUCAUAGAUGA